AUGGAUGUCAGCAAUGGUGGCAACGAAACAGAUGCAUCAUCCGCCCGAUCCACCUGCGAGGACUCUACCAACCGAGCGAAACCGCGUGAGCCAUGGGUCAGAUACCGUGUCGAAUACCGGGAUGUUAAGACCGACGUCCUCAUUGACUUCCGAGACACAACAGACCCCGAGGAAGAGAUAGCCGAGCGUUCGGGAAUAGAUGAACCUAUUUUCGAAAUGGUAACGGUAUGCCAGGCGAGGAGAGGCGUAGGUGAUGGAGAUUCAGACCAGGCAGAAGGCCAAUUUCUAGCACUGAACCAGAAGAAGCACCUGAACCUAUACUCCACGUCUAUCAUAAACGCUCUACGAUCGGUCGUCAAGUACUACCCUUCUCAGGACCUGUCGGGAAAUCCUGUAAAGAUCCAUUAUCCGUAUGCCGUCUUGGUCCACCACUACGAUGAAUUAUCCGUGUUUCGAGACGCUUGCGCGGCAAAGAGCCCGGGUGAGAUGUGUGUGAGGGAAUUUGACGCAGAACGUCAUCUAAGAAGUCUCCUCAAGUUUCUCGAUGAUCACAUCAUGAAAGACGUGAGGGCCGAAAUGGAGCGUAUAAACAGGGGAGUGUUUACAUGGGAGCUCGCCUGGGUCCAUUAUAAGCCCGGAUCCACAGUCAUCAGAAAAAAACCUGACGAAGAGAAUCGUUGGGUGGCCUCUGUCAUUCACUCAGUUCACGGCGGAAUAUUCCAAAACCCUCCAAAGGACUGGGAGAUACGAUCUUGGUCACUCGAAUGCAAGGGAGAGUUUGUGGAUGGCUUGGUUAUGGUAGACUUCUUCGAUUCCACGGAGAGCGAUCAAUUUUGGGCCCUUGGACACUUGGAUAACGUGGACCUUCGAGUCUUUGUUUCGGAUUGCACUUGCUCAUCCUGCAAAGAGCGAGCGGACAACCUUGGCAGCAAAGUGGUUGCUCUUUUCGAAAAUUAUUCUCACAUUGAGCUCGACGAGGAUAAACUCGACGACCACCAAUACCUCUUAUUCCCCACUAGCAUCCUGGCGUUCGUAUUUAAGACUCGGCAAUGGGAGACUCUCCACGUCCGUGGCUUCACGGAGCCGGAUUUCCAAGAGGACAUGAUCCAGGGUCUCGUCAUGGAUGAGCGGCGAAAAGAGAUGUUAAAGGCGCUGGCCAGAUCUUUCGCUCGUAAAAACAGGUUUGGCCAGGAGCUCACUCAGGACCUGUGGUCUGCCGACUUUGUCCGAGGCAAGGGUAGUGGGCUCGUCUUUCUCCUGCAUGGGAAGCCGGGAGUUGGCAAGACUUGCACAGCUGCCGGAGAUAUCGGCACGAAUCCAGACGAGGUUGAGAGCAAUUUAGAGGAGACGUUCGCGAGGGCCGUAAGAUGGGACGCCAUGCUUCUGAUCGACGAGGCGGAUGUGUUUAUGGAACACCGGACGACAUCUGACCUCGUUCGAAAUAGUUUGGUAGCCGCUCUGGAGAACUACACCGGCAUUCUCUUCCUCACCACGAAUCGCGUCGGAUCCUUUGACGACGCCUUUAUAUCUCGUGUCCAUAUCCAGCUCUAUUACCCCGAGUUUACGGAGGAUCAAAGGCAACAGGUUUGGAAGACGUUCAUGGACAAACUAGCCCGGGAGCGGGGAGAUUCCAUCCGGCUUAACAUUGACGCCAAAGAGUACAUUCGCGGUUCGGAGAUGAGGGCUGUGAAGUGGAAUGGCAGAGAAAUCAGAAACGCAUUCCAAACUGCUGUUGCGCUGGCCGAAUACGACGCAGAGACGGACGAGGAGGGCAAAAUUGUUGUGACAGACUCACACCUUAGGGCCGUCGUAGACUUGUCUAGGGAUUUCAAGGAUUACCUUCAGAUUCUUCAUCGCGGGGACGAGUCCAAGAGGGCCGAGCGCCGCGCAACCGCUGUGAAAUUCGCAAAGACGUAUCCAGUGGUUCUUUUGGCACGUAACCCCGAUAACUACACUCCUAUAGUCAAGGAGAUUCAAGAGUCCGGAGGCCGCGCUGUAGGCAUCACCGCAGAUGCUACUGACCCCACAUCUCUGUCGACUGCUUUCGACAUUAUCAAGAAAGAGUUGCCGAAUGCCACUGCGGCUGCCGCUAUUUACAAUGUCAACGGCGGCUUCGCGAGGAAGCCGUUCCUGGAGCUGAGCAUUGAAGAGCUCGACAGCUCUCUCAAUGCAGCACCCCGGGGACUCUUCUUCUUUGCGCAAAAGGUCCUCCCAUCUCUUCUCUAUUCUGUCAAGGUUUCGCCUUAUCCGCCUACCUUGCUCAUCACGGGCGCCACGGCCUCCCUUAAGGGAUCGUCAACUUUCGGCUCCUUCGCCGCAGGAAAGUUUGCCUUGCGAGCGCUGGGCCAGUCCUUGGCAAGGGAAUUCGGACCGAAGGGCGUGCAUGUCGCUCAUAUUGUCAUUGACGGCGUGAUUGAUAUUCCGAGGACGAAAGAGUGGCAGGUCAACAAUGGGGUUGAGGGAGGCAAGCUUGACCCCGACGCGAUUGGCGAGAGCUAUUGGAAUUUGCAUACACAGCAGAAGUCGGCCUUUACUCAGGAGAUCGAUUUGAGGCCGUUUGUUGAGAAGUUUUAG